CUGAAGAGGUUCAUUUGUUGGCUUCAUCGAUGCAAGAUGCUCAAAGCAGCUGUGACCCCGAAAUACUGAAGAAUUGUGAGGUGGCUACAUUUGUUCAGCCUGGUGGAGAGGCAGUGCCAAGAACAGAUAGUCACACAGCAAAAAGUAUUCUGUCAUCAAAUCCACAAUACUCACCUGUACGUACAUGUCUGAGGCUGCCUGUUGCAUUGGAGAAGUGAGACUACUCACCCAAUAAUAUUUCCUGCUGUUUGAUGUUCGGAAAAUUGUCUGGAAGGAAUGCCGGUGCACAAAAACACUGCCUGUACCAAACCGGAGCAUUGACUGAAGUGUUUUUUGGCUUAAUUCUCAAACUUUGUCCGUGUCCGAUUCGUUGUGGUGCUUUUAUGUCUUGAGUUUGUCGUGAAAUAACGGCGUUAGUUGUGGUUUAAUAGGGAAAAAGUUUCUAACUUGUCAUUCUUCGUUGAGAGAAGCAAGCCAGCCCAGCCCAACACUCGAAUUGUCUUCUUUCAUUUAAGGCCACUAAGAUUGAUAGUUCUUUUCCCUUUUAUAUUUCCAUGCAAAAUUUGUUGGGUGGGCUCUGAUUUUGUCUCGGCCAAGCCCCGUGAAUGCUUCCAUGCAUGUGUUGCAAAAAGAGAUGUCGAACAAAUUUCUAAGUAUUCAUUCGUCUACCAUAACAUAUUUCGGCAUGUUGUGUGUGUGUGUAUGUGAAAAUGGCCUAUGGACGUGACUGAAAACGUGACUCUUCUCGUGCAGUCGAUCAAAUGCUGCCUAUUUGAUUAAAAGGUUUGAUUUUUAAUGAAAGUUUUGAUCUUCUUGUCUUCCUCCUCCUCCUAUUCUCCUCCUCUCCUUCUCUUUCCUCCCUUUCCUUCUCUCCUCCUCCUCCUUCUCCCCUCCUCCUUCUCCUUCUCUCCUCCUCCUCCUUCUCCUUCUCUCCUCGUCCUUCUCUCCUCCUCCUCCUUUUCUCCUUCUCUCCUCCUCCUCCUCCUCUCCUUCUCUCCUCCUCCUUCUCCUUCUCUUUCUCUCUUCCUCCUCCUUCUCUCCUUCUCCUCUCCUCUCCUCUCCUCCUCCUCCUUCUCUCCUCCUUCUCCUCCUCCUUUCCUUCUCUCCUCCUCCUUCUCCUACUCUCCUUCUCCUCCUCUCCUCCUCCUCCUUCUCUCCUUCUCUUUUUCUCCUCGUCUCCUUCUCCUUCUCCUUCUCUCCUCCUUCUCCUUUUCUCCUUGUCUCCUCCUCCUUCUCUUUCUCUCCUCCUCUUCCUCCUCCUCUCCUUCUCUCCUCCUCCUCCUCUCCUCUCCUCCUCCUCCUCUCCUUCUCCUUCUCUCCUCCUUCUCUUUCUCCUUCUCCUUCUUCUCCUUCUUCUUUCCAGAACAUACAAAAUGAAAUCAGACGCUUGGGGAAACUGCAAACCCAGAGUGUGUGCUCAUGUGCCAAACAGGCCUCUUCCGUCAGACUUUCAGACGGCCGCCCGUCGCUAGGAAGUCCGAUGGGGUUGAAGGCCAACGCUUUUGAAGAAAAUGAGCUCUUUACCAGUCAGUUCCAUCCCGGCCAUGCUGACCACCGGGCAGAAGCUUCCACCAUGCACCGGGAGGGCCUUACAAACAGUGUUUCAAUAAGCAGCGGAUAUGGGACGUUAUCUACUGCGGAACUCAGUCCCAGCAAAUGCGAUGACCUGCCGGCCUGCAUGGGAAACUCAGAGACAAUGACCAAACGGCCGAACCAUCCAGCACCAGCAACGGAGGAUGUCGCUGUGGCCAGCAUUCGGGACAAAAGAGAAGGCUCUCAAACCACAAUCGGGCAUUUUCCACCUCUGAAGGAGAAGGAUGGCGACGUUCCCGCUCAGUUUGAGCAUCAGAUUCACGAAGGUCAACCUGAGGAACCAAAUGGCAAACCUUUAACCUCCUGGGCUCAAAAGACGAAACAAAACCACCUGAAAAAAACAAGCGUGGAAGAAGAGACCGAGCCGGGAAAAGAGCAAACCGUUGACAGUACCAAUACCAUCGCUGCUGCCGUGCCAUCAACCACACCGUUUUACCUCAAUCAGCAAAAUGGAAGCCAAAAUUCUUUAGUCUCUCUUUCUUCAGGUCUGACCUAUUGGAGAUUAGACGAGAAGGAAAUGUAUCAAGCGUUGCCUAAGAAUUUAGGAAAUGAAUUUUCUACGUUCUCAACGAAGGACUCCUCAGAACAGCUGUCUUCCAGUGACGAGCUGAAGCUUACAUCCUUAAAGGAUAUUUAUCAUAAGAAACAGAAGGAAAAUAAGCAACUUGUAGAGUGGAAUUUCGCCCCCCUGCACUCAACUCAUCCCCCAGAGAUCCUCACCCUCGACCCAACGCUCCACAUGAAACCAGGCGAGCUGAACGCCGGGCGGCCUUUGCCCAGGUUCUACGCCAGCCCAGACCCGGCACCGUUUUCUCCAGAUUCCAUGGCGGGUCCCGCUUUUUCCCUUCGUUCGGAGGCCGAUUCGUUUUCUCACACGAGCACUGUGGUGUCCCCUCGCUCCUCCGAGUCUCCCCGAUACGCCUCUCGUUCAGCAGCCUUGCACGUCAAUCCCUGGGGCGGUUGUGAGUUUCAGAACGCAACCAACAUCGCCAGCUCUCCUCAUCGGAACCGUGAGAUUUUAGACAUGGAGGACAACGACAACUUAACCCUCACGCCGUCUUCCGAGGCCCGGUCCCCGAUUCCAUCAGAUGAUCAUCGUUUGACGCAGCACGAACUUUCCGUUGCUUGCGUAGAAGAUCCUCUGGUGCUGUCAAAGAUUAGGCAGAAUUUGAGGGAAAAACAUACCCGGCAUAUAACUGAUCUCCGAACGUAUUACGAGUCCGAAAUUCUCAGUUUAAAGCAGCAACUAGAAGCAAGCCAUACCUCUCCUUCCGAGGAAAUGAAGAAAAUCAAUCAAAAUCUCACAGACAGGUGCGACCAGCUAGAAACCUCUCUGCACGAAGCCAACAGCCGUGUCCGAUCCCUUGAAAAGAAAAACAAGGCCUUAGAGAUGGAAGUAACAGAUUGGCGGGAGCGCUUCGGCGCCCUCAGUGCCACCACCAAAUCCUUGCAGGAGCGCAUCGAAGAGAUGCGCACGAGCGGCAAGGACAAAGAUAACACCAUCAGCCGCCUCAAGAGAAGACUCCGGGAUCUGGAAGAGGCCUUCGAGAAAGCCUACAAGCUCUCCGACAACAAGGAUGCCCGCUUAAAGGAAGAAAACAAGAUGUUUCAAAACCUUUUGGGAGAAUACGAAUCCCUUGGGAAGGAGCACGAACGAGUGAAGGAUACUUUAAAUAUUACCGAAAACAAAUUACUCGAUGCGCACACUCAGAUUUCUGAUUUGAAGAGAACAGUCUCGAAACUGGAAACUCAGGUCAAGCAAUUAGAACAUGAAAACUCGCUCAAAUUUCGUUCUCUUGCCGAGGGACACUUCGGACCAUCUUAUGCCAGCAAAUUAGAAAGCUUUGACGUGAGCAGAAGGAAGUGGCUGAUCCCGGGAUCCGAAUUUUCAAUCUUUACUGGUCAGCCGUUGGCAGCUCAAGACAAUUCCAACGAUAAUCGACUGGAAAAAGGAUUUACCUCUUCCAGGCAUUAUUCUCCCCCGGAGAAGGAGUCCUCUCCAAAUUGCCUCCUCACCAAUGAAGCCAUUCAAAAAGAGAUCAAAACACAAGAAAUCCCCAUUCUCAAAGCCUUCAAAGAAUUCGAAGAAUGGAAGAUGUUGAAGAACCGAGGUACCCAGGCUGAGAAAGAGGAAGGGGCAAAAAUAGAAACCAGCAAAACAGCCGUUCGGGGUCCGGUUGUUGGGUUCACCGAGACAUCCUUGGGUACGAGCCGUUCGCCCGAGAAGAGCAAAGAGCAGCCGAGGCACAAAAAAAUCAACCCGUCCAGUAGCACCCAGAGAUCUUCCUCGCUCCCGCCUUCAAACAGGAAGACCAACACGCCAACCAAGCGAGAGACCAUGUUGACUCCGGUGGCUGUGACCUACAGCCCCAAGCGCUCCCCCAAAGAAAAUUUGUCCCCGGGGUUCAGCCACUUUCUCAGCAGAAACGAAGACAUGAUGACCAGAUUUGAUAUCCGCUUGGAUGAGGUGGCCGCUGCCCCUGCAGUGCAGUACGGAAGCAGCCCACGGAAACGGCUCCAGUUUGGCUCGGGAGGCGACCCACAAGGACCGCAGCCCAGCCGCCUAGAAAGCCGCAGAGGUCCGAAGUCUUCCUCCUACCCACAACCUCUGCAUUCCACAGCAAGCAGAGAUUCGUCGAGGGAAGGUUACGAAGAGGGACGCUCCACCAACACCAGCGAGACGGGCUCCUCUUCGGCAGGGCCGGCGCCCUACGAGCCCGAAUUCAAAUACGUUUCCAGGAUUAAGACUUUGGCAGAGACCGAGCGGCUUUUUGACGAGCUGACGCAAGAAAAGCAACAGAUUGAGUCCCAGCUGAGCCGAAUUCCUUGCGCCGGAGGAAGGAUGACAUUCCAGGCCCGUCUGAAUCAGGAAGCUCUGGAGGAUCGCCUGGAAAGAAUCACUCGAGAAUUGGGAUCCAUCCGCAUGACCCUGAAGAGAUUCCAGAUUUUACGCACCUCCGCCAACAUUUGAAGAUGACCCGACUUUGAAGAGAUAACAACCCCUUUAUUUGCACUAAAGUACAAUAAUGAUGCACUCUGAAAAUGCAAACCGGUUUUGUAUUUUUCUAAACCCUCCCCGGCCUUUUUUGCAAUCAUGCCCUCUAUACACACACACACACACACACACAAACCCAAUAUUUUGUACUGAGCCACAUAUUUUCCAAAAAAACCCCUAUUUUUGUUAUUUCCGGAAGGAGUCGAACUAUGGGAUUUUUUCUUUUUCUUUUUUUUGUAUUUUGCUACUUUUGAAGACGCAGGUUUGUCUGUUUUUUUUUUUUUUUUUGAAAACGGCAGACCUGAAUUCUUUGUAAAAACGCCGAGUUUUUGAGACGUUUUAUCAUGUUGCCGAUUGGUUUUGAUGGUGUUCGCCACGUUUAGAGGGUUAGAAGCCAAGCUUAUAUGACGUACGUACGCAGUGCGGACUUUUUUUAAAAUCGAUGCUAACAGGACACACGGCUGCUUCUUGGGGAAGUGAGCUGCAAGGAAACAUUUCACAGCUUAAAAUUUCCAAACCGCAUCCUCUUCUCCCAAAUUCCUUUGCUGAGUUGACAGAGCAGUGUUACCAACAAAGGAAUCGAGAAAGUUAGAGGGGGGGGAACCUAUUUUCAGUAUCCAUCUCAUUGCAUUCCAGGGAGUCCGAGAGAGAUCAGAAGUUCUCUUUUUAAACCACUCGUUUUUAUUUGGCAUGUUUUAUCACGGAAGUAUGAAUUAAAAUUAAGUGUCUAACCUGAA